UCAGCCUUAAUUCUUUGGAUGCAUGAAAUUGGUUUUUCCUUUUUUGAGGGGGAAAGAAAAAGAUCUUACAUACUAUUUUGGGAAUAAUAAUACUUUCUGUAAUUUGUGCAAUAGAAAACACUCCAUUUUCGGGGGAUUCUCGUAAUCCCGUUGGAUUCACGAGACACCAGGACUGAACUCAACUAACCCAGUCUUUAUUUCACUAUAAUCAUCACGCUUCUCACGCCCUUUUUUCCUCUCUUUCUUCAUCUUCUUCACAUGCACUAAUACUCUAUGACAGAUUUUCAACAUUUGUAUCAAGUGAGUUCUUUGUGAUAACUUCUUCAAGUCUGCAUUCGUUGUUCAUUCUGAUUAUAGUAAAUUUGACGAUCAUUUGGUGAACUUUUCUAGGAUUUUACAUAGAAAUGGAAGCCUGUUCCCCUACCAUGAAACCUAAGGUUCUAUCCAUACAAAGCAAUGGCGGUUUAAGCGAAAGAGAUAAUGGAUUUUGGGGAGAUAGUGUCAAAAGGAGAUCAAAAAACAAUCUUUUGGGGGCUCAGAUCUGGAAGAAGUCCCUUAGUGAAAAAAGGGUCAGAAAAUUUAAGCCUGGAGUGGCAUUCUCUGUUCUCACACGUGAUAUCAACAAAGAAUUGGCAGCAUUGGAAUCAUCAUUAUUUUUGGAAGAGAAUCCAAAGGCAGAUCCCAAGACUGUGGCCUCCAUAAUUCUUGGAGGAGGUGCAGGGACUCGCCUCUAUCCUCUUACCAGCAGAAGAGCAAAACCAGCUGUUCCUAUUGGGGGUUGUUAUCGGCUGAUUGAUGUGCCUAUGAGUAACUGCAUCAACAGUGGGAUUCGUAACAUUUUCAUUUUAACUCAGUACAAUUCCUUCUCCCUCAAUCGACAUCUUGCUCGGACGUAUAACUUUGGGAAUGGUAUGAAUUUCGGGGAUGGUUUUGUGGAGGUUCUGGCUGCCACUCAGACACCAGGGGACACAGGGAAGAGGUGGUUUCAAGGAACUGCAGAUGCUGUCCGACAGUUCAUAUGGGUUUUUGAGGAUGCCAAGCACAAAAAUGUUGAGCACAUAGUAAUUUUGUCUGGCGACCACCUUUACCGGAUGGACUACAUGGACUUUGUUCAGAAACAUAUAGAUACAAAUGCUGACAUUACAGUUUCUUGUGUGCCUAUGGAUGAUAGCCGAGCCUCAGACUAUGGGCUGAUGAAAAUUGAUGAAACAGGGCAGAUCAUUCAGUUUGCUGAGAAACCAAAGGGCUCUGCUCUGAAAGCGAUGCAAGUUGACACCUCUCUUCUGGGACUUCCUCAUCACGAGGCUACGAAAUUUCCUUACAUUGCAUCAAUGGGUGUUUACGUGUUCAGAACCGAUGUCUUACUGGACCUCCUGAAAUCAAAGUAUCCUUCUUGCAAUGACUUCGGCUCCGAGAUCAUUCCUUCAGCGGUGAAGGAUCACAAUGUUCAGGCAUAUCUAUUUAAUGACUACUGGGAGGACAUUGGAACCAUAAAGUCUUUCUUUGAUGCCAACUUGGCACUCACAGAACAGCAUCUGAAGUUUGAUCUUAACGACCCAAAGACCCCUUUCUACACAUCCCCAAGAUUCUUACCACCUACUAAAGUCGAAAAAUGCAGGAUAGUUGAUGCAAUAAUUUCACAUGGUUGCUUCUUGCGGGAGUGUAGCGUCCAACACUCAAUAGUAGGUGUGAGGUCACGCCUAGACUACGGUGUUGAGCUGAAGGAUACAAUGAUGAUGGGUGCAGACUACUAUCAGACAGAGUCCGAAAUUGCAUCUCUUCUGGCUGAGGGUAAGGUUCCCAUUGGCGUUGGACGUAAUACGAAAAUAAGUAAUUGUAUAAUCGACAAGAAUGCAAAGAUCGGAAAGGACGUCGUCAUUGCAAAUAAAGAUGGUGUUGAAGAGGCUGAGAGGGCAGAUGAAGGAUUUUACAUCAGAUCUGGGAUAGUAGUCCUACUGAAGAACACCACGAUUAAGGAUGGAACUGUCAUAUAAAACCAUAGUGACAUGCAGGUGGAUCCAGGACGGCAAGCUGGAACUGUUAUCUGCUUCAAUAGAAAUAGUUGUAUAUCAUUAGUUCCUCCUUUGUAUGUAUAAACCUAAGAAUAACUAGUUUGGGAUCAUCCUGCUUUUCCUAGUCAAAAUCCUAUGUCAAAACUACAGCACAAUUCUGAGUUUCUACGUCAUCCCACUAUACAAGGGUCUGUGCUUUCUUCAACUUUCCAACUUUCUCAAGACUUGCAUUCCAUAUCUUGGUAAGCUUUCGUGAUUGUUCUACAAUAACACUGGUUUUGGAAGGA